AUGGCUAUCGAGACGCUCCAUGUUGAGCUGGCUGCAGGUCCCUGUGAUAAGGUCUUCACGCUGAGAGCUCAGGAGCAGGCAAUGGACAUUCACUGCGAUACGGUCACCAGAGCAGCGACAGAAGAUUCCUGGGCUGUUGCUUUUAUUUCUUACUCCACCCUGGGCUCCAUCAUUAACAAGAGAUUUCUCAACGAGGGAGAUCUAACGGCUGAUGAGAAAUUGAGGAAUUGUCACCUGAAUUCCAGGGUGGUGAGUGGGGCUGUUGGCAACGGGAGCCUCAUGAACAUCUCCAAACCUGUGAACUUCACCCUGCGCCAUAGACAGGCAAAGAAAGAGGAGGAAGAGACUCGCUGCGUUCACUGGAACUCAAUACAGAACACCACUGCAUCCUCGCUGCCCCUCUCUCAGCUAUCGAGACGCUCCAUGUUGAGCUGGCUGCAGGUCCCUGUGAUAAGGUCUUCACGCUGAGAGCUCAGGAGCAGGCAAUGGACAUUCACUGCGACACGGUCACCAG